AAGUGACAGGAAGAGAAGAAUAUGCGUUGACAAAGUCAAACGCAAUGAAACAAGACAUGAUCCUUCGCUUACACGUCUUUUACCUUAAAGCCAAAGCAAACCAUAAUAUGUCCAAUAACUUGUAAGACUAUCUUUCUUAUGUCUGCGCCUAAGCUCUAUUAUAAAGUCCUUUCACAACUCAACGAUUAUAGCAAUUCUUAAUUUUCCAUUUCAAGAUCUCUGACAUGUCUGUGAAGAGACAGGCUUCAGAGAGAAAGAACAAUGGAAGCAACAAGUCGAGUUAUUAUCGAUGCUUGUCAUUCUCGUUCAUGGAGUCAUCAACGGAUGGGAAGAAGAAACCAUCGUCUUUGAGUCGUAUGGAUUCUAAAAAGCUCAAGGAAGGUAUUGUGAAGUGGGCGAAGCGUGUUGCGGCUUACGCUCGUCAACUUAGCUCAAGAAAACGUAAUUAAGACAGAUGAUGAAAGCUUUUUGGAAGAUUGAUCUUGUUCUUGUUGAAGUCAACUACUUUCUUUUUUUGUCCUUUUGUAAAUAAGCAAGUUUUAUUCAAAUAAUAUUUCAAGUCGGUUCAUGAAA